CCUAUACAUUACGUACCAGGUAAGAAUCAGUUCCAAGAUUAAAGUUCAACACACCAACAGGCUAUCUUAACCUAGUCGUAUUGCUUUCGCACUUCGCAACCGACCACCAGGCUUUAGACAGAGCAGACGGCCAUGAAUGACCCAUCUACGUCUGGGAAACGGGCAAGAAAUGCAAGCGAUGUAGGAAACCUAGGAUGGCUGGCCCAGUCUGGAGUUCUCCCGCGCAAGAAGCAGGACAUCGAGGGUGUCAGCGGUAGCAGCAUCCUUGAGCUUCAAGCGCAGCUCUACAGAGCCCAAGAAAAUGCGAAGCUUCGAGCAAGCGGCGCGGAAUUACCGGAUCGGCGAACAUCGGGGCUUGACGUUGGCGCACUCAUGAAGCGUCGCAAUGCUGGGGUUGAAGAAAGAGACCGAAAAGACAGGCUUGAAGUGAAGACCACGGCUGACCGCGUCGGCGAGUGCUAUGCGGCCUUAGAGCGUAAGGCGCAGCUAUACGAGAAGCUAGCGCGUGGUGAGGUGGAGGAUGAGGAGGACCAGUUCGAGGUCGAUUUCUUGCGGAAACCAGAUAGAGGCGAGGGCCCCCCAGGCCAGCACCGUGGCAGCAGCGACCCAAUUGAUACCAUGCUUCAAGCAGUAUCGGGGACAGGUGGCAUGACGUCCGCGGACAUGCAGCGGGAGCGGGAGCGGAGGGCGUGGGAGCAGGAGCAGGAGCGGGCGCUAGCAGAUGAGGAGGCGGAGGCACGUAGACGGAAACAGAAAGAGGAGCUGCUUUCCUUGGGUGAGCAAACGCGGGAGGAGCGACAACGCGCGGAAACCGUGAAGGCUCUCAAAGAGGAGGCCACCCGUUCACGGCGAGAUGAGCUCAAGCAGAAGUUUCUUCGCGAGCAACUGGCCAAGAAGAUGGCAGCAGCGGGAGGGAGAGGGGGCCCUGCCGCAGCAAAGGGAUCCUAGGAUGCCGUGGAGGGUGGAGUCCGGAAUGCGAAAGGGAGAGGCUGGCAGCUCGGGUGGG